AUGUUGAAUGAUGUUGACUAUAAUCUCAUUUGUAAAUUAUUGGUGGUUGGAGACUCAUCGGUAGGAAAAAGUUGUAUGCUUUUAAGAUAUUCUGAUGAUAGAUUUCUAGAGAAUCAUAUGGCAACUAUUGGAGUUGAUUUUAAAUUAAAAAAGGAGAGUGUUGGAAAUUACAAAGCUAAAAUUCAAAUUUGGGAUACAGGGUAUAGAUUCCGUAGUAUUACUGCAGGUUAUUACAAGGGUGCACAAGGAAUUUUAAUAGUGUUUGAUGUGACAAAUCGUGAAUCAUUUGAACAUGUUAAGAGUUGGUAUGAGGAAGUAAAGCAAAACACACAAGAAGGUAUUUGCAUUGUUUUGUGUGGUAAUAAGGCAGAUAUGGAAAAGGACAGAGUUGUUUCAACAGCUGAAGGUGAAAGUUUAGCAAAUCAAUUGGGAAUUCCAUUCUUUGAAACAUCAGCUAAGAAUGACUAUAAUAUUCAUGUUGCAUUCCGAAAAUUGAUUGAAACAUGUAUCAAACACCAAACAUUAGGAAAGAAGAGCAACACUCCUGGUGUCACUACCUUGGAUGAAGAAAAGAAGAGUUCUGAACAUGGAUGUUGUGGAUUCUAA